CGGCGGACGUUCCCUCCGCUCCUCCUCCCCGGUGGCCGGAGCAGGCUCAGUUGUGCCGUAGCCCUGGCCAGUGCUAUGAUCCGGCCGGAGCUCUCCACGUCCUACCAGGAGCUGAAUGAGGAGUUGGACCAGGUGGUUGAGAACUCUGAGCAAGCAGACGAGCGGGACAAGAAGCCGGUCAGAAUCGAGGGUGUCGUGCCAGCCCUGGACAGCGAGUCCGCCUCUAGCAGCAUCCGCUUCAGCAAGGCCUGCCUGAAGAACGUCUUCUCCGUCCUCCUCAUCUUCAUCUACCUGCUGCUCAUGGCUGUGGCCGUCUUCCUGGUCUACCAGACCAUCACGGACUUCCGUGAGAAACUCAAGCACCCCGUCAUGUCCGUGUCUUACAAGGAGGUGGACCGCUAUGAUGCCCCAGGUAUUGCUCUGUACCCCGGCCAGGCUCAGUUGCUCAGCUGUAAGCACCACUAUGAGGUCAUUCCUCCUCUGAGGAGCCCCGGCCAGCCGGGAGACAUGAACUGUACCACCCAGAGGAUCAACUACACAGACCCUUUCUCCAAUCAGACAGUGAAGUCCGCCCUGGUUGUCCGGGGCCCCCGGGAAGUGAAGAAGCGGGAGCUGGUCUUCCUGCAGUUCCGCCUGAACGAGAGCAGCGAGGACUUCAGUGCCAUCGACUACCUGCUCUUCUCCUCUUACCACGAGUUCCUGCAGAGCCCAGACAAGGUGGGCUUCAUGCAGUCCUGUGAGAGUGCCUAUUCCAGCUGGAAGUUCUCUGGGGGCUUCCGCACCUGGGUCAAGAUGUCACUGGUGGAGACCAAGGAGGAGGAUGGGCGGGAAGCAGUGGAGUUCCGGCAGGAGACGAGUGUGGUGAACUAUAUUGACCAGAGGCCAGCUGCUGAAAGAAGCGCUCAGUUGUUUUUUGUGGUCUUUGAAUGGAAGGAUCCUUUCAUCCAGAAAGUCCAAGAUAUCAUCACUGCCAAUCCUUGGAACACAAUUGCUCUUCUCUGUGGGGCCUUUUUGGCAUUAUUCAAAGCAGCAGAAUUUGCCAAACUGAGUGUGAAAUGGAUGAUCAAAAUUCGGAGGAGAUACCACAAAAGAAGGGGCCAGACAACAAACCACAUAAGCUGAGUCCACCGGUGUUGCUCACAGAACUGUCUGAGGGAGUGCAAAUUCUUGGGACUUCUGCACUGCUGAAUUGAGCCACCGGCACUCACCCCUGCUGCCACCGGAAGCAGUGGGGCCUUGCUGUGAGCUACCAACCACCUGCCACACUGGCACUUCCAACCUGGCCCUGAGGCUGUGCAGAGAUUACUGGAACAUAGCAAAUGAGUAACUUCUGUUAUUUAAGUAAAUUAUUAAUGGACAUUUCUAAAAAGUGAUGUAUGGAUAGGUUUUGUGGAAGGUGGACUAGCUCUUCAUAUUUUCCCAGUCACUCAGCUGUAGGAAACACUUCACUUCCUGUUUGCUCUGGUGCACAGCAGAGCCUGCUGUGGGUUAACUAAGGUCUUCUGUUCUAUCUCGGGUGACCCCCUGAGGUUUUUUAAGGGGCCGGGACAGAGUGCUAUUCUUUUGUCCAAAAAGUUUGGACUAUCCAGACGUGUGGGCCAUGCUUUGUAAUGCGUAUGUUGUAAAUGAAGCAAGGCAAAACCCUCAUGUCUUCGGUGUCACCUGCCAUCUGCAUCCCCCAGCCUCUGGCUUUUCUUCUCAUGGGCUAAGUCAGACUUUAAAGAAAAAAAUCUACUCGAAACUAGUAAUUUGUGGCUUACCCAAUUCUUUGCCUGGUUAGAGCUUUUCUUAUGGACAGAGGGAUGAAACAGAGUGACCAACACCGAAAAGCACUUAGGACAGAUGUACUGUAGGUGCCUCACUCGAACAUCUUGAUGAUUUUGUGAAGAGGUAGAAAGAAGCCAGACUGGUGCAAAAAGAAUCGGGCACUGACUCAGUAGGCACUGGUGCUCAUUCACUUUGUGGCCUCCAGUAACAGCAGGUAGCCUGAGCCUAGACUCCCAAGAUACAUGAAGGUUCGAUUGUAACUGCAUAUAGAAUGGGUUGGGUCUGGUAAUGGGUGGGGGUGAUCAAGAGGAAUCCAUUGGGCCCUAGGGGUGAGCUGUGCUGUGACCCUCACCAUAUCCUACACAACCCAUCUGAGAAACGGGGGUGUUUGACAGGAUGAGUGGUUAAAAAAAACCUUUUUUCCCCCCUCACAUGGUAGCUGCUGGCUGACGUAAGGUUGUAAAACUUGUUGAGUUUUAAUUUAUCUGUCCUUUGCAUCCAAGGGGACCUGGUAUCACCUCUUGAAUUCCCUAAUCUGCUCUACAUGCUUGCAAGAAAUAAACUUCAAAAGUGAGUAAGGUUUUUUUUUAAAUCUCAUGUCUAACCUAGCAAGAAAUUGUGUGCACAUGUGUUAACAAAAGCAAACUAUAGAGAAAUAUUCCCUGCUGUUUUUCUGCUCCACAGAAGCAUGAAACCAAACUUUAGCCAAAGGCUCUUCUUUAGAAAAGCUAGCUCCCUGCAGGGCAGAUGUAGAGCCAGGGCGUAACCUUUACCUUAUUGAGAUUUAAGAACUUAGAUUAACAGUAUUGAACAAACGUGUGUGUGUUUUGGGGGUGGGUGUCCCCCCAGUACAGGUGGUCCCGUCUUAAGAUGUAGUUAGUUACAAUGAAGCCCCCCCUUGCUGGCAUGUUUUAUUUUGAAGCAGACGCAGCUUACUGUCAGCAGUGUGCGCCCGCACUGUAGUGCGUAAUGGGCCAAUCAUCCCUCCCACGUCUAUUUGCAGGUGUUCAACUCUACGGUUCACUGUCCACAACGGCUGUAGAGCAGGCUAUGGAAAUGUUUUAAAAAUGAGAGUUAGCUUCACUUCAACUGUAGAUAUAAUUCAGGGACUACUUGUAUCUCUAAAGAUGACAAACCACUUUAAUGUCACUUACAUGUUCUAAUAAAUAUGCUCCAAUAAACAUGCUAAACUUUUUGAAUUCUGGCAAGUUGAGUGUCCUUAUAAAUGUGCUUUAGGAUAACUAGAUUUCAAUGUAAAUGGACAUUCUUAGCUAUUCAAAUGGGAAAAUAACAUUACAACCAUUAA